CCGAGCGAGUGUUCCUAUUAGAUACACGGACAACCAGUCAAAUCGGGUUGUGCUCAUCGUAGUCGGCAAAAUCAUCGUUGUCUCGGCUUACUUUCCACAUGAGGGGAGAAGGAAUGCGGUGGCAGAGUUCAAUGCCCUAGCCAACUUGGUGAGGGCGAAGAUCCAGGUGAGUUGUCCGAGGUGAUGCUAGGUGCGGCGGAGGGGAUCCCGACGAAGCAGAUGAUUCGAGAGGUGCCCGAUGGAGUUGAGCUGAACGGCUGCGAAGAUGAGUUUGACGCCAAGGAGGCAGAGAAGAGUGGCAGAUUCAGCAAGGAUGAUCCCCUCCAGGAACACUACAAGAAGACUGGCUGGAUGGGGGGCCUGACGGGUAUGUUCGGAGACAAGAAGACAAUGUGGUGCCACCACAUGACCUCCGCCGGGGAGCCAGCAGUCCGAUCGGCCAAAAGCGCCGGGAAGUCUUUCAAGACCGUGGAGGAGGUGUGGCAGUUUCUGGACAAGAAGCCCUGCUGCGGGCGCUACGCCUACGACCGCAAGAAGGGCUCCCUGAUCUGCGGUCCCUGCAUCAAGGCUGACCACGACAAGACCUGCAACAGGGAUACCUGCCUGUUCAUCGCCUCGGGCCUGGAGUGCCCCGUCCCGACGGACGCGUUCAAGGAGUGAGCCUCCCCCCUCGCUGGCUGGACCCCGAAGCGGUGACCGACGCGGGGGGUGCGGAGGGAGGAGAAAACAGGAGGGAGGGCCCAUGCCUCCCUCCUUUCUCCCUUCCUUCCCUUCCCUCCCCUC